AUGGCUACGCAUGAUUGGUUCUUUACCCCGUCUUAUCAUAACUCUCUGGCCCAGCCGCCUUUGGAUGAUCCCCAACUUCAAGCUGUUACACCACCACCACUUCCAGUAGAGGAGCCACCACAGCAACCUCCGCCACCUCCCGAACCUCAGAGGCGAAGGAGGAACGCUCGUAUGUCUGUCCGAGGAGGACCCCGUUUUAGUUCUCCUCGUGGUUCAAGUUCCUAUCCCGUUAUUCCUGAGGACCCCCAACUAGGUGGGCCCUCAAACGCGGAACCGGAGGAUAAUCCUCCGCAAGCUUCAUAUGCACCAUCUCAGCCGCCUAUGGGUUUUAACAACCCCAUUCCGACAUACCCAGGUUCAACCGGGUAUAAUCCUUAUGUAGACCCGUCGGAAUAUCCAGUGGACUAUGGAACUCAUGACCCAUACCUUUCAGCUGCUCAGUACCAUCAUCUUUAUCCUUCCACUUACCCUUCUAUGCUUCCAACGGACUACCCAAUUCAGGGUUAUCAAUACCCUCCGCACCAACCACCUCCUUCUCAGCAAUUGCAGCGACAACAACAAACGCAGGAGAUCUUAGAAAGGUUGGAGAAGGUUGAGAAGAAAACUAAGAAAAACAAGGAAAGCCACACGAGCUUCAUGAAAGGACUCGCCAACCUCAUCAAGGGAAAGAAGAAAUAG